ACAACCGGCGGACUUUUGUGGGUUUUGUUUUCGUGUUUUCAUCUUCCGUUGCGCGCACGUUAGCAAGGCGAUCGGGGAGGAGUGAGAGGAAAUGUGCUAUCAAGUAAACGCUGACACACAGUCACGCAACGCACAUCGUUUGUGUAAAGACAUGGCAUCGAGUCCCUAGCCAAGCGCCGUCAGUCUACGCAACUUGCGGCUUCAUUAUGUUGAAGUUCAACGAUCAUGUGCGAGAUUUUGUCAAAGAUGUGAACACGUUCCUAAGCGUAGAUUUGCACAAUGAGAAGCUGUCGCCAGCCGCGUCGUCGGCGAAAACGGAACUUCAACAAAAACUGCAGCGGCUCUGUCAGGAGUAUCCGCGUCUCCUGCUGUCCCUCGACAUUACGAGCGCCGAGCAAAUGCAAGGCUGGAAACUUCCUCGCCCCCUGUCAAGCCCGCACCCUUACAUCGACAUGCAGGUCGGAGGUGUGCUAGCUGCGCCGCGGGAUGUUCCAGUGGAGAAGCCGUCAAACGCUGAUGAUUCAAACAACGAUUAUGUUUACUCUGAGGCUGUGCUGCUGGAAGACACGGAAGAAGUAGCUGAACCAACAGGUGCAAAAACACCGAAAGCGGCUUUGUCGAGGACUUCAUCAGAGCUUGAAGAACAGACUGAGGAUGGCCCCCUUGUUGACAUUCCAGCGAGUGAGAUGUCCAAGGCUGACAAGACUGGCUUCCUAGAGAAAAAAGGAAAAGAGAGACUGGGAGGCCUGCUUAGUCCAUUCCAAAAGCGCUGGUGUGCUGUCCGCGAUGGCUACCUCUUCCUGUACGAGAAGCCGACUGACAAACGUCAAAAGGACCAGAUAGCACUGACCAUGUACGAGGCACGACCAUUUGUGUAUGCCUCCAAAGAUGCUUCCAAGAAAGAUGCUGCCUUUGAAAUCGUCUGUCCUGGCAAGAAAACCUAUCAGUUCAUCGCUUUCAACGUGAAAGACAUGAAGCAGUGGAUUUCAGCCAUUGAAAAGAAUAGCCAAAUUUCUUCAUCCACCUCAUCUGGAGAUUUGCACCAAGAUAAUCCUGCAGAUGUGCACCAGCCAGCCACCCAGCCACCUGCAAGCAAGUUACCUUUACCGAAUCCUCGUCAGGAGCUUCCACGUGUCCCGCCUCCACCAAUCUCGUCUGAGGCAGACAGAGAGCUUGAGUAUGAAUACGUUGAAGGCCAGACAACCAUAACUGCGCACAAGAAAGAGGAGCCACUCUACGAGGACGGAGAAAGCUAUUUCUCUGACGACACAAAGACAAGCAGCCAGACAGACGACGAAGUGACAUGCGACUAUGAAAGCUGGUACCAGGCUAUCUGGGAUUGCCAUGCAGGACAACCUGAUGAACUUUCCUUUAAACGCGGUGACUUGCUAAAGGUUGUGAGCAAGGAGUAUGAUGAGCACUCUUGGUGGGUCGCCAAGUCACGUGGCAACAACGGAUCAGUGGGUUUUGUGCCAAAGACGUAUCUCAUGGCGGCCUAUGAGAAAGUGCAGUGAUGUUCUCAUGGAUGAUUGGGCUGCAUCGUCAUUGCAUUUGGUGAGAUACUGAUGUAGAUGUGAAGAAGUGCAAUGUGUGACAAGAGUGACUUUCCCUGCUUUUUCCAUUCACAGAGUGCUAGUAGUGAUUGUCGCAAAAAAUAAAGAUUAACCAAGUAUUACAUAGCAGUUGUCAUAAGAGCGAUCAAACUUUUUAGAAUCACAAUAUCAACAAGGAAUAAAACUUGGUUUUCAAGCUUUUUUUUGUUGCGG